AUGUUUUAUCUCGGAGCUUCAUCAAAAUGGAAAAUUCAUCUCCAUUUGGCAUUUCACCGAGAAGAAACACAUGAAAAUGUAUCUCAGUUCAUUUGUUUAUACAUUUAUGUACAAAGGAAAAUACCCUUGAUGUUAAAAUUGGGUCUGAGGUUUCACUUUUUAUCAGCUUUUUGUUUAGAUAUGUAA